AUGUCUCCCUCGAAACAUUCAAAUUUAAAUACAAAAUUUCUGCCAUUCAAUAUUAUGGAUCUUCGUGAUGAAAAUUUUUAUGAUUUUAUUCGUGUUGAUUCGCUUCUUGGCUGUCAAGAUGUAACUGCUAUCCUUCAUCUUGAAUCAGAUGAACUUAUUGAUCUUAAAAAGAACAUGUGCAUUACUUUGAGCAACGGUUCUAUUUAUCUCCUUCCAGACAUCGAAUCAUCUAUUAUGCAUCUCACCAAACUAUUUAAAAACAAACAAGAAGAGCUUAUUAAACAAUCUAAACGACGCCAAUCAAUUACGAUUUCUUCUGUUUCAUCAACACCCAACAUCAUUUCGAACAAUUUAUCACCAACGACUGUAGUUCUAGGUAAUUCUUCGAUUCACCAGUCUACUUUUAAUGCUUUGCCUAAUUCAUACCUAACUGUUUCACCACCGGCAACACAUGUUCUUGCAAAUGAAAUUAAAAGUCGAAUCUCAAACACUAUUAUUGAAUGGUUUAAACAUAAUAAGGAUAAACUUUCUUUGAUCAAUAUCGAUUUCAAUGAAGGAAGCGACUUUCAAGUUGAAUUGAACAACAAUCAGGAUGGUAUUAUUGUACGCUGUAAAUGUGGUACUACAAGUGCCAUAGGUCAAAAACAGGGUGUUCUUAUGUUUUCUAAUGUUUAUCGACAUUUUAAAUCAAGCAAAUGCUCAAUGAUCAUUGAAAAACAACAUCGAGCUGAGGGCCGCAACACAAGCACAAUUGAAGUAAAUGACAAUGACUCAUUAUCAACGACCACAGCAAACUCAAAUUUAUCUAUAUCGACUUCAUAUCAAAAUUAA